AUGAGUACAUCAUCAUCACCUGAUUCGCGAAGUAAAUCUCAAAAAAAGAGAGGCAAAAUCAACAUUGUAGCAUGUGAUAGAUGUAAGCGUGAUAAAAAAAGAUGUGAUGGGAAUUAUCUCACUCAAAAAACCUGCGAAUAUUGUCAAAAUCAUAACGAAAUUUGCGUCUACUCGGAGCCAAAUUUCUUGAGGAUCAGUCGCAUUUUGAAUGCUGCGGCGAAAAAUGCCGCUGCGGAGGAACGUGAAUCGGAUGAUCGCGAGAAACUUCAAAAACAAUUAAUAGAAUACGAAAGUAUCAUAAACAAGUUAUCAAGUCAACUCGAAAUUAAAAGUAAAACCGAUCAAUCAAAUACAUUAAAUUCCAUCGAAAAACUUUAUAUUUCUUUAUUCGCAAAUUCCCAAAUUUCAAUCGAGCAGACAAUGAUCUUAAAGAAAUUAUGCGAGAUUACCCAUGCCCCCAUAAAUUUAAAUGUAUACGGUAAUGAAAUUCGAAAUAAAUUGUCAAUACUUGAAACAGAUACCGUAACUGAUGAGGAGAAAAGACAAUGUUGGGAAGAACUUGAUAAAUUUAUUAAGAUGCACAAUGAUAGCGUGUUUAAUAAUAUUAUACAAUGCGGAUUUUCACACCCUUCCGUUUCUACUACGCCCAUCCCAUCCCCCCAAUUUUUAGAAGAGUUUAAUACUUCAAAUGAUUUAAAUGAUUUGCUUUGUACUGAAUUUCAACCUCACGGCGAUUCUGUUGAAUCAACGUAUGACACCACGAUCCACCGCGUUACCACGCCCAAAAAGCGUAAUGCUCUCAAGGCUAAGGAUAGGUACGAGCCAUAUCCACCAGGAGGUUACAUCGCUAUUAGACCAUCAAAAAAAGAGACCAAUAUCAUGGUUUGGCAUCAAAAUGAUCCAAGUGAAGAUGUUCCUAUAAUUGCCGUUCCUGCACCUCACAAUAAAAAAUUAACCGUCAAUUCAAACGAAGCCCUACAAAAUCCAAACGUUCGGAUUGAUAACUUCAACGAGGUUUUACAAUUUCCAACAUCGAACAUUAUAUUUUCCUCUAACUUACCCUAUGGGUUUGAUAAAGUAGGACAAUUUUCAAAUGUAACUUCGCCCACAUUUUCUUCGAGUGAAAGUUAUAAUUCAGAUGAUAACUUUGAAUAUCCUACCUUCUUGUCGGAUUCUGUAAUUUUAGAUUCGGACGAAAAUUGGUUAGAGGUUUUUCCAAAUUCAUCGGGUUCUUACAAUAAAAUUUUUUAUUAA